UCUCACAAGUUCCCACUCAGUCUUCUUCAACUCCUCCUAAAGCUCGCUAGUUUUGUACGAUGAAGUUCAAUUACGUAUGGACAAUAUUUUGUUUUAUCUUACAUUCAAAGUUCUCCAGUGCAGAACUUGUUCUAGUUCAAGUUCUCGCGCAUCACACAGAGAGUACUCCCAGCGAAAUCAGGGGGUAUUUUCCGAAGAUCCCUCAAAUCGAUCUUUCCUGGAUGCCAGCGGGAGUCGACCAGUUGACGAGUAAAGGAAAACAGAACGCUGUGAGAGUAGGACGAAAUUUGCGUAUGAAUUAUGGCGGAUUAUUUUCACCCCAGCAGAAAUUUUCGUUACAAUUGCCGAGUGACACAACUUAUUUCCGAGCAGCGGAUCUUUCGCCGUCAAAACAAACAGCCCAACUAAUAGCACUCGGAAUGCUCGCAGUGAAUCCCCUCAUCGACGAAACAUUCUUCUUGUCGUCCGGCUUAGUACUUAACUCAAUGCCCAACAUCGAAAUGGAUCUCCAUGUAAAAGUGCGGACUGAGGAUACGCUAUUCUUCAGCUGGUUAAAUUGUCCAUGGUAUAAAAAAGAGUUUCUCGAAAGAGAAACCAAGGAAAUUUCAAUGAUGAAACAAAAAGAUGUAUCGAAAGCAAGUUUCAAGGAUCUGUCGGAUUAUACAGGGACUCAAUUCAACAGUACCAUUCAGGGUUGCCUGCUGUAUAACUAUCUUCGUGCAAAGGCGAAUAUUGGCCUUUCCUCAGAGACCAGGGAGGAACUAUUUGUAAAUGGAUCUUUGAAGCAUCUCGUUCUUCUGGGGAAUAAGCUCCUGACCGACUCGGAUAGUAUGAAGCGCCUGACUGGAGGUACCCACAUCCAACAAUUCUUGAACAAUGUUGACAAUUACGUGAAGGGUAAUAGGCAAAGGAGAGUAUUUGUCUACGUGGGAAGUGAUGUCCACCUAACCGGACUUCUAGCUGCUCUGCAGGUUUAUGACUUCCAGCAUAUUCCUAAUUACGGCAGUUUUGUCACAUUGGAGUUGCACAGGAUAUGGGAUGAAUUUUAUGUCAAGGUGUUGUACAACAAUGGCACACCUCUGGUAAAAGCAUCUGUUCAGCUGACUAUUCCUGGAUGUGAAACGACUUGUCGACUAUCACAAUUCCAAAGCAUUUUGAAGAGAUCUACAUUCGAAAAUUUCCGUAAAGACUGCAGGGAUCAGUCUAAUUCUGGCACAUCAGCUAAUAAUGGCAACAGACGUAGCGGCGAUGGUUCCCGCCCAUGGAAGAACAGGGGCCGCAGACCGUCUAACAGUAGGGGUAAGGGUAGGGGUGUUAGACCCAAUCGACGAAAUGAUUGGGAAAUCAUUUGAGAAAUUUUAGGAAACCAUUUUCACAAUUUAUGAACUAAUAAUUCAUUACUAAUCAUUAAAACAUUAUUUAACCGUACAUUUGUGAAGACAUUUAUGAAAAUAAUAAAAUUUCAACUUGUUUGUGUGUAAAAUAAUUUUGUCAGGGCUAUUUGUGAAUCGGAGACAUUGCGAUCCUAUCUCUUCCUCCUGAAGAAUAUCUUUGGGCAGAACAACGCUGGAGUGACUCACACGGAGAGAAAUGUUCUGUAAAAAUUACAGAACUCGCAGUUCGCUCACCAAUUAUGGAAUCGACUCAG